AUGCGAAAACCUUUAGAUAAAGAUUUGCAAGAAGCUUUAAGGAAUAUAGAAGUAAAUACUAAAGAUCUCUUUGAUGAACAAAUGUCAAAAUUGCCUAAAUUAGAAAAAAGUGAAGCACUUGUACAAACACAUACGGAAUAUCCAUGGUGGAAUUGGAGUGACUUCGAAGUAGUUCAAUGGAAAUAUCCAAAUACCCUACAAGAAAAACUUCGAUAUGAGACAUUUAAAGACCUUUGGGAACGGGGAUAUUAUAUAACAAAUGGAGAAAAAUUUGGUGGCGACUUCCUAGUAUAUCCAGGCGAUCCGAUUAUGUUUCAUUCUCAAUUUAUAAUUCAGUGUAAAAACAGAAACGAGGAAAUACCUAUCACAGAGCUUAUUGGACAAUGUCGUAUUGCAAGUAAUGUUAGAAAAACCCAAAUAUUAGCCACAUUCUCUGAAGAUGGUAAAAGUGUAAAAUAUCAGUCAUUUCAAUGGGCUGAAAACAGUGGACUUGAAAACAGAUAG